UCCCAAUUGAUUGGUACAUCUCUAUAAGCACGAAUGGCAUUUCUUAGUAUUGCUAAUUGUGUUGAUGUGUUUUUGUCACGAAGUAAACGAGAUAUUAUGCUUUAGUAGAACUGCUGAUGCUUAUAGCAAGACGCAUUAUCUAACUUGUACUCUAACUUUACUUCCAAACCAGUUUGACGUUACUGGUUCACUUUGAACCAUGGCAUUAUCCAUGUGGAUGCCAUCAGAAGUUUAUAAUAUGAUUGAAAUGUAUUGUAUUGUUAUGAAUAUACUAUGUCAGGGAAAAUAUAGUUUACUUCCGGCCAAAAUACGCAUGCGUGGCUUGGAAAAUUUUACGCGAAAAUAUGCUGGAGACCCUUGGCGCUAAAAUCAAAGAUGGGUAAAAGCAAGGCUGGAAAAAAAUCUACACUGGAGUCAUCUAAAGAAAAUUCAUUUACAAAUCCAAGCAAAAAGCGUCGAGUGGAAUGUGGAAUCCAUUGUCGGAAGCGUACAACAUGGGCAGUGGACAACUGCAACACAGAGCAUAUCUACCAGGAGAUGGGGGUGGAGCUGCUGUCUGACAGCAGCCAUGAAAGUGUUUCAAGUCUGGCUGAAAAUACACCAACAGUGUGUGGCUGUUCUCCAGGAAACACACCACUGCAAGUACCACAAGCUCCGCGAGUACUGCUGCCUUGUCAGAGGGACAACUUCUCCCCCAGUAGCGAUGACUGUGAUAGUCUGUUGACACCUAAACGAAGCAUACGAAGAUUUCUGGGACCUAAAUACCACAACGAUAUAGAUGGACAAGAUCAUUUCAACAGAAUGUAUGAUGAGGCCAUCUUGAAGGUAUUCCAAUGGCUGCCUAAGUUUGUGUUGGCAUCAUGUGCUCGAGUUUGCUCACGCUGGAAUAGGCUUGUUAUGGACGAGUCUCUGUGGAAGCGGAUAGAUCUGUCCAACAAAGCCCUGGGACCUGGAACACUGGGCAAUGUCAUCAACAGAGGAGUACGCAUCCUCCGCCUGGCUAAAGCAGAGAUUGAGUAUCCAUUAUUUACAGGUCCAACCCAAGAAAUCAAAGCUUCAAGUAUGUACCGAGUCCAGUAUUUAGACCUGAGCAUGGCAGCCAUCGAUGUGGACACCCUGGAACAGCUGUUUUCUGUGUGUACAGAUCUAAAGAAAAUCAGCUUGGAGAAUGCUGAGCUCAGUGAUAAUAUAUGCAGCUAUAUUGGAGAGAACAAGGAUCUGGAGACUCUGAACUUAUGUAUGUGUCGAGGAAUCACUGCUAAUGGUCUGGUACCCAUCAUGUCAAAUUGUCGGAAACUUGACUCCAUCAAUCUGGCCUGGACAUCCUUAGAUCGUAACAAUGUCAUGUACGUGACGCUUUGUCUGCCGGACAGUGUACACAAACUCAACAUUAGCGGUUGCAGAGACAACAUCACUGAUGAAGAUGUGUUGCAGUUGUGUCGUGCAUGUCCCUACCUGAACGAGCUGGACUUGAGUGAUUCAACCAGCAUCACCUGUGCCUCAGUACACCACAUAGCUGACCACCUCACAGAGCUGGAACACCUGGCCCUCAGCAGAUGCUACCACAUCGCCUCCACCACAUUCCCUGUUCUUGACAAGAUCAGCAACCUGCUGGCACUAGAUCUGUUUGGGAUGUUCCGUGAGGAUGCACUGCAGGUUGUACGUCGCAGCAUGCGCCACAUAGAGAUUAACAAGUUCCCCUUCUCCAGCAUCGCCAGGCCCACCACCGGCAUCAGGCGCACCAGCAUCUGGGGGAUCCGUGUCCGUGACAACAAAGUCUGAUAAACGUCCACACUAGGCAGCCUUUUUAUAUAUCAUGGACCAAGCAAUACACUUCAGUUUCUUGCAAUGUAUCUCAAUAUUUCAUCCACAGAGGUAACAGAUUACUAUUGAGGCCUUCCUGUGCUAAUAUUUGGUACCUGGCAUUGUCAGCUACGGGUUUAAAAUGUUUCUAUGACAUGUUUUACGUUUCUCAUACAAAUAUAGUUCGUUAUGGAUAGGUCUUCAAAUAGAAAAAUGAAAAUCUACAUGUGUUUUAUGUUUGAAUUCCUGUCAUCAGUCAUACUAUCAUUGUUGAUGUUUGCAAGCAUCUCAAUGUGUAUUGAAGCUUGGUCCUUGACAAGAUUUUAUAUCAUCUGUGAUUACUUCAAUGCAGCGGAGCAUAUCUCCAUGUUGUGUUGUGAUCCAUUGUUAAACAUACAAUUCAUUUCUCUUAAUAAUGUUAUUGUUAAUUUACAUAGUUACUUUUUGAUGAAGAAACUGAAAGUAUGGUACAAUGUCUACAUUUGUAUCAGGCUUUAGUGUUUAGUAUCUCAGGUAUGUUUCUUAUCAAGAUGGGUGUCUGUGUACCUGUACGUCUUACCUUAACUGAUGGAAUGUCUUUAUUGGAGGGUAUCACAAGCCAAACAGAAGAAUAUUGUAGGUAGUAGUCAUGGAUUGUUACUUCGUAGAAUACCAUGUUGAUAUUCAUGCUGAGUUAAAUUACUUUGAAGGAGGAUCUAGAACAGAAUCUAGGGGCAUAAGUUUACUGAGCCAAGCAUAUGUAAAGGCCUGCUCAGGAAUAAUGUAGUAUUAGAACACAUAAACAUGUCAUUGGAGUCAAAAUAAUGCAAAUGGGGAAUAUAUGGAAAUCAGUUUUACGCAAUUCUGUUAAAUCAGUUUGGCGGGUGGGGACUGGUCUGUUUGUUUCUAUACUAUUUCCCCUUGACAUGAUUGCCACAAACAGCUGCAACAUUGCUGAUGUGUUAUGUAAUAUUUACCCACUCACUCACUUUGACAUGCGAUCAUUGCAAGGUUAAUCAUUGUCUUACAAUAGAACUUUCUCUUCCUGUCAAAAUCUAAUGACUCCCAAGAAAAAAUAGUUUGGCAGUCACAAUAGCAAAUGAAUAAUUCACAAUGUUUUUUGUUACUGAAGGACAUAUGUUUUGCAAAAUCCUUUCUAUAAAUAUUAGAUUCCUGUUCAGUUAGGAGCGUAUAUAAACAUGUUUCUGUGGUGCCGAAGGUUACAUUCGAUAACCCAGAUGAUCUCACGUCAGUAUUGCUGACUCAGGCAAGUGAUAAUUUUCUUCACUUGUUCACUGUCCCUCACAGUAUUGUAAGUGUGUUGUCCACAUUGCUCAAAUUUACAAGUCCCCAUGAUAUUAACAAACAUUAAAUCUACAGCACAUUCGAUGCCAUGAAAGGACCUGUGUAAAUGUUGGGUUUGCAAAUGGUGGGUGGGUUGGUGGAAUCCUGCCAACAUAAGAAGUUUGAAUGUGAAUAUCCUUGUCAGGAUCUUUACAUGUAAAGUACAUAUGCUAAUUCUGUGCAACUGUCCAUGCCCUGGUGUAUAGUGAGGUAACAUCAGUGAGUUUAACCCCUAUUGUGUUGCCAUUGGUACCUAGAAUCAUACAGCUAGUCAAACUACAUACAGCUACCGGGGCAUGGUGGUCCAGGUGUUUGAAGCACUGCAAUUCACUGUGAAGAGCUGUUAGUUGGGUUUGCCAGAAAUCUAUGAUAAUGGGUUUGAAUCCCCAUCUGGCCAAGAUUACUUCCUGGCUUUCUCAGCAACAGACCCUUGCUAGUGGAUUCAACCGAAGCACUACACAAAUGGAACCUGCAUCACUUCAGGGCUUUCUUGCACAUCAAGCUGAUAUACCAUAAAAUAACUGGAAUACAGUUGACAGAAGUCAACCCACUCAUCUAUUAGGUGCAGUUACAUUAACUCUGUAUACCUGUAGCAUAUGUAUGAGGACAAAUCCUUGACUAUGCUAUGUGGUACACCGGGUAUGUAUGAGUGAGGACUUGCCAGUAUUCAAUUUCUCCAUGUGUAACUAAUUCAAUAUUGAAUGGUCAGUAUUUAUUCAGUAUUUAUGUGCCGAUUGAUCAUCUAAUUGUAUUGCUUUUCUAAUGUAUAACUUAUACUUCACUGUUAUAAAUUAAAUUCAUUUCAAACCAGUUUCACUAGGAGAUUAACACUGCUGUCAAGCUAAUGCAUGAAUAAUUUCAAGAGAAUCUGUUUGAAAACUAGUAUGUUUUCUAAAAGGUGGGGGUGUCUUUGUUUCGGUAUUGCCUUAAUGUUCAAAUUACCUGUCACUUGAAAGUCCUGUAAGUGACAAAACUUGAGUAAGACAAGCAUAAUCAGUAUGAAAAUAUUGUGUCAUAAUUAUUUCAACAUGUCUGUUCUUCAAUGUUGCUGAUAAGCAGAAUGCGAUAUUAACACAACUCACACUUCAACAAUGAUUUUUAUUUUUAAUGAAGUAACCUAUCGACAAUUUAAUGUGUUAACUGAUGCUGUUGCUGGUUUAUAUUUGUAAUCAAUUGAAUCAUGUUUGUCACAUUCUUGUUAAAUUUUUAUCUUUUUUAAUGAUGAAAAUAAUGUUACAAUUAAUUUUAGAUGUUGAUCAAAUUGAAAUGUUUGUAAAGGACAUUUUUGUAACAGCUGUUAUAUCUGUUGAUGGUAAACCCUUCCUCUUGAAAUGAAGCUCAACUGUUUAUUAUUGAUGUAGAUCAAAUUCAAUAAAUGGCACACAAUUUGUUCAAUUUUGCCCCGAUAUUCUCAUGAAGCCAUGUAGGUGUAAUGAUAAUAUUCUCCUUACCUAAAUUAACCCACAGGAGUAAUCUAAACACAUUCAUUGCAGUGGGUAUGUAAUGUAUCCCCACAGUAUUCAUCAUGUUCGUAGUAACAAGAGGCUUUGUGUCUGUGGCUUGGUUGUCACUGGGUGGACUGUUUUCUUUGCAAUACUUUUAUUCUUAUUUGAUUUAAACUUUUUAACUCAUUAUAUCCUGGAUAAUAUGAAAUCUUUUUGAAGACAAGCUUUAUAGUUGAAAACAAAUGCUUAAUAAAGUCAUGCUCAAAAGUUAAGACCGGGUGGUUACAAAUGUCUGAAAGAACUAUUCAUGUCUUGAAGAUUAUUUUGGGCAGUUGGGUAGCCUAAUAGGUAGGACCGGGUUCGAUUCCCCAUAUGGGUACAAUGUGUGAAGCCAUUACUUGUGUCCCCCCCUGCCAUGCUAUUGCUUGAGUAUUGCUGAAAGUGUCAUAAAACCAUACUCACUGCCUUGAAUAUUAUUUGAGUACCUAGUGUCCUAUCCAUGCCCCUGCAGUUAAAAUCUGUUUUGGAUGACAGCAUUUUGACAGACUUCUCUUUUCCUUCAAAGGAAAUAUUAAAUAUGGCCAUAUUCCACUGAUUUAGAUUUUGGCUUACAGAAAACCUGACCCAUAUUUUGCUUUCACACAAUAUAUACCACACAUCAGAAUAAUGCUGAUGUUGUUUAACAGGAAACACUGCUGUCAUCAACUACUAUUUGUUCUAGGUGUUGUCUGUGUUGGAGAGGAGUAUUCAUGGUUGUGUAGACACGUGAUGUAAAACUCUCUUGUAUGUGAAGUAUCCUGCAUCUGUAGACAGUGUCAGACUGACUUAAGACUGUUUGGAUUGACUUAUGAAAUUUCCAGAUUUUAAUGUUAGUUUUUGUAUGUGAUAAUCUGAUAAUAAAUUUCAUAAAACAUC